AUGUCGCCCGGUCACAACGCCUGGCCACCAGGUAAUAUUCGCCCUCCGGAUGAGCAGCUAGACUCUCCGCGCCCUAUCAAUGGCUUGGUAAAGACUUUGUCCGGCUCGCGCACCCCCCAGAUACGCGGUUCUGUCAGCGCCGACGGGCCGAAUGCCGGUAGUAUGACAUCCGAACCCGAUCUCGCGGUGGACGAAGAUCCGCGUAUUUCCCAAUUCCGCGAUUCUUACCGGGGAACUGAAGCAAGCAUCAAUAAUCUAUUCUCUGGUCGAUAUCCCCCCCUCGAUUCGGCUCGUCCCGCGAUCGCGGAGAUUGAGCCUCCCGAGACCAAAUCUGAACGCGUCGAUGCGCCGGCUGCCCCUGCCCCUGCGCCCGCCAAGCCCGCCCGUAAACUCGACGACGAUUACGAUGAUUACGACGAGGACGAUGAUGCGGAUAUGCAAGAUGCGGACGAGUCACCCUUGAAAGCCAAGUCCGUACCCCCAUCGCAGGACCCCAGUUCUACCAUCGCGUCUACCCAGCAACGUCCGGGUACCGCUUUGUCAACCAAUGCCGAUAUCUCUAAGGAAAACAAGAAGGAGACGUUAGAGGAUAUUCGGAAACAACUCGAGGAAGACAAGAAAGCAACCGAGGAGGCCGCUAAGCGGAGCUUCCAUACCCUUUUCUAUACCCUUGAAAAUGACCGCGAUGCUAUGCUGGAUCAGCAACGCCUGGAGGAGUCUGAAAGACAAGUCGAGGCAGAGAUCUCUGGCCAAGCUAAUGCUGGUGGAAACAAUGCUGCUGGUGGCCCAAAUGGAUACAGUUCAUUGAGUAACACAAACCUCGGAGCUUCCAGCUUGACCCUGAAGAACCUCAUCGCCCGAAUUGAUAAGAAACGUGACAUGGUCCAGGCCUCUGAUGCUGAGCUUCGAAGUCUUUUAAGUGAAGUUCGUAAGAAUCGAAGCAAAUGGGCAAGCGAGGAUAAGAUUGGCCAAGAAGAACUCUACGAGGCUGCGGAGAAGGUUCUCAGCGAACUCAAAGCUAUGACAGAACACUCUACUGCUUUCCUAACCCGCGUCAACAAGCGUGAUGCGCCCGACUACUACACAAUAAUCAAACAUCCCAUGGAUCUUGGAUCGAUGACCAAAAAGCUUAAGGGCAUACAAUAUCGGUCCAAGCAAGACUUUGUAGAUGAUCUCAAUCUCAUCUGGGCGAAUUGUCUUAAGUACAAUACAAACCCCGAGCACUUCUUACGCAAACAUGCUCUUUACAUGCGCAAAGAAACGGAAAAGCUUGUUCCUCUCAUCCCGGAAAUCGUCAUCAGAGACCGAGCUGAAGUUGAAGCCGAGGAGCGCCGCCUCCAGAUGGCAGAGCUUGAUGGUGCCGAUGAGAGCGAUGACGAGCCCAUUAUGUCUUCACGUGGAAGAAAGGCCCCUGGAAAAUCAUCUAAGAAAGGCACUGCGCCAUCUCGAAACACCCCAAGUGGCUCCGAAGGCCCCCCAGGAGGCCCCUCCAGCCAACCAGCGGCACCCGUUCGAGCAGAUUCAGAUACUGCUAUGGAAACAAGCCAGAAUGGCUUUGGAACACCCCCUCCCGGGUCUCAUACUCCUUCUGAUCCUUCUGGUCCCGGAGCCGGUGCUACGGCCAGCCAGCUAGAUGACUCAAUGGAGCUUGAUGGACCAAUUACGUCUACUAUCACGCUUAGUGCUCUGUCGGGCCCCGGAGCUGAGCUAGAAGAUCCCGAAUACAAAGUUUGGAAGCAAGUGACGAAGAAGGAUCGUGCUCUUAUUGCCUCGGAGAGACACCGCCUGUUGAAGGGUGACAAACUAAAUGCCGAGGAGCAAGCUCUGCUUAGGACUAAGGCUGGCAUGCGAAGAUGGCUUCGCCAUGAAAAGCAAGCCGCUAUUGAAGGUGAGAAGGGUGCCGAUGCUGGAUUUGAAGCAAUGGAGCCCGAGGCCGCUGGGGAGACACUAGCAGAAGGCAUCGAAGGAGAGGAAGAGAAAAUGAUUCCUUACUACUACGAUGUCAUGUCUGGUGUACCCGACCUUCCAGAACGCCUUGUCUGGAAGGAAGACGCUCAGGGAAACAUUGUAGACGCAACGGAGGAAUAUCUGAGGGUUUUGCCCAAGGGUUCUUUCACUCAGCCUGACAGCGUACUGUCCCGAAAAGUGGAUGCAAACAUGCGGCAGAUGCAGGAGACCCGCAAAAUAUGCUCGAAGGUUGGCAUCGUGAAACAAAUGCAGCUACAAUCACAGAUGUACCAGAAUCAAUUUCAGAAAUACAACCCAGAGCCAUUUGCUGAACAAGACGUCCCACCACAUGUACUGAACGACAAUGGCCCGGUCAUUGCGCCUGGAACCUGUCGGGCAGCGCUGCAACGCUCUGUUGCCAAGAUAUUCUAUCACACUGGCUUUGAGGAGUAUCAGCCAUCUGCGAUGGAGGUGGUGACUGACAUCGCGUCUGACUUCUUUCAAAAGAUCGGAGAGACGGUCAAGUCAUAUAUGGAAACUCCAAUGGUUCCUGCCACGGAGUCUCAGGAUGCAUCAGCACCUGUCACUGAGUGGAAACCAGCUUAUACUGAACCAGAGGUUGUACUCCACACACUCUCUGCGGUUGGCAUCAACAUUGAAGAGCUGGAAUUAUACAUCAAGGACGACAUUGACCGUCUUGGAGCCAAGCUUUUCACGGCCCAUGAUCGACUGAAGUCACUGCUGACUGACUUGCUUCGUCCUGCUCUUGCAGAUGCCGGAGAAGAUGGCUCAAAUGCGUUUGCGGAUGGAAGCGAGCAAUUCGUUGGUGGUGAUUUUGCAGAAGAUAUCGACGAAGAUUUCUUUGGAUUCAAGGAAUUGGGAUUGGAUCGCGAAUUUGGUCUGUCCAAUCUCAGCGUGCCGCUGCAUCUCCUCCAGAACCGCAUGUACAAUGCCGCCCAGUCACAAAACACCAACACCAUUCAAGCUGCCAUCGUUUUCCCAACACCCCCAUCAUACUCACGUGUUACGGUGGACAGUCUUUCGGACCAAAUUGGUCUGGUCCAGGCAUUCUUCAAGAACAAACUUGAUACAAAUAGGGAAGAGCCCCUAGUGGAAGACCUUGAACUACCACCCAAACAGAGGCCAAUGGCCGCCAAACCCCGCUUACCAGCAUCUGGCAAGAUCCCACCCAUGCCCGGUGUUUCGGCGCCUACAACGAGCCCUCACAAGCGCCCUGCGCCCCCUAAUGCGGCUGCCAAGCCAGGAAUCGGGGAGCCAAGCAAAAAGAAAGCAAAGAAGAACAGCGGCGCCUCCAUGGAUAUGCCUAAUUUCAACUUCGACGGGGAUGCAGACCAAGGCACCUCCUUUGAUGGAGCCGAUGUCAAGCCCAUUGAUGGCACCGAUCUACAAGAUGGCACUGGCGAUUCUACCACUCAGCUAGAAAAUGCCAACCCGCCCUUGACAAAUGGCACCACGGCUUGA